AUGAAGAAGAAAGCCGCGAAAAGGCAACGUGAAAUUUCGGAACUUGUUCAAAGCCGCAUGCAACAUCUUGGCAUGACUAACAGUCAUUACAUAUAUGAUGAGAGGCGAGCGACAAUAUCAUUCGUAAUCAUCAACCCGUCGUCUGAUAUCGACCUGGAAGCCGGCGAUAUCAUAUAUGUGCUUCGGGCACCACUUUCUGAGGGUGCAAGUCGGAAACGUGUAAAUCCCCGUCGUGGUUUACGUCGAAAAGAUCUAACACCAUCGCAAGAAGAACAUAAACUCAGCCCACAAACGCAUUUGCUCAACACUGGACUCGAAGAUCCACAAAGCCUACCGGAGUAA